AUGGCGGACGCACUAUCGCAGCAGGGUCGCGACGCGCUCGCCGCUGGCGAUCUGGAUGCGGCCAUCGAGCUCUUUGCCCAAGUCCUCGAGCAGCGGCGCGCGGUCGAGGCGCACGGCGAGAAGGCGGUCGAGUGCGCACCAGCGUACGUGGAAUACGGCAAGGCACUGCUGCGUAAGGCGCAGGCGGCCGACGACCCCUUUGGCAGCAAUGUUCCAAAGGAGACGCCGGUCGGUGUCAACCCGGCCGCUGCGGCGGGUGGCGCGGGUGGCGAGGGCGGCGGCGCGGGCGGCGCGGGCGGCGAGGGCGGCGGCGAGGGCGGCGGCAAGGGCGGUGGCGAGGGCGACGACGGCGGCGACGGCGGCGAGGGGGACGCGGACUAUGAGGAGGGCGAGGAGGGCGGCGAGGGCGACGAGGAGGAGGCCGACGACCUCGAGCUCGCCUUUCAGUGCCUCGAGAUGGCGCGGCUCGCCCUCGAGCAAGCGCCGGGCAGGGAGCUCGAUCUCGCCGAGGUGCUGGAGUACCUCGGAGAGGUGCAGAUGGAGAACGAGAUGUGGGAGGAUGCGGUGCGCGAGCUGGAGCGGUCGCUCGAGCUCAAGCUCAAGGCCCUGCCUCCGGACGACCGGCAGCUGGCGCACCUCCACUACCAGAUCGCCACCGCCACCGUCUCGCUCAUCGAGAAGAAGCGCGAGGACGUCAAGCAGCACUACACGCAAGCGGCGGACGUGCUGCGCCUCCGCCUCGCCGCCGCGGGAGGGGCCCCCCCCGCCCCGGGCGGCCCGGGCGGCGCUUCGGGCCCCCCCGCCCCCGACGCCGACCUAAACGGCGAUGGACACGUCACUCGCUCUGAAAACGCCGCCGCCGCCGCCGCCGCUGCCGCCGCCGCCGGCCCGAGCGGCGGCGGCCCCUCCUGGUCGUCGUCCCCGCCGCCCGAAAAGGCGGCCGAGCUGCGCGAGCUCCUCGCCGAGAUCGAGGAGCGGGCGCCGGAGCACGCGAGGACACGUCCGGGAGAUGAUUUGGGCGUGGUCGGCGGCACCACGGGCCGCAAAAAGGCGGUGCUCGAGCCGCUCAACGGCGACCCUGCGGCGGCGGUGCCGCCGCUGCGCGUCGUCUCGAAGCGCGCGCGCGUCGAGUGA